AUGUCCCAGCACUACAAGAACUUUCUCAGUCUUCUGGAGCGGUGGCCUAUUGACAAAAGUAAGGUGGGCCGUGAUUUAGGUCAAUAUCUGCGAGAUCAGCUUACCGCCGUACUUGGUUCGUCCAACAUUGUUGCCGUAAAGGACGAUCGGCUGCAAAAACAGUUCCGCUCGUUGGAGAAUAUCGUGAACGACGUGCACGCCAAUCGUUAUCCGCGCAGUCUAGUUUCGACCGCAACCGGCCUUUCGGGUGAACAGUGCCGUGAGGUGCUUUCCACUGAGUUUCUACAGAUACUGCAUAAGAAAGCUUAG